CCGGUUCAUGCGGAUGCUGUUGUCUUCUUGAAUUGUUCCAACAGGGCGUUUCACCUCUUUGCGAGGAAGACAGGCAGGGCGAUGCAGCUGGACCCUGUGUGACCAGGGCUUUUGGCUCACAAGUGGGAGUUCUGAGCAGCUCCCCUCCAGAAGCAGCCUGGUAACAUGGGCAGUGCCAGCGGUGAGACAGGGCCUGGGGAGCCAUCACCUGACCCACUGUGUGCUGUGUGUGGCCAGAGACACCGUGCCCAGGAGAACCACCUGUACAACUACCGGCUGGAGGUGGACGAUGACUUGGUGUGCCACAUCUGUCUGCAGCCUCUGGUGCAGCCGCUGGACACGCCUUGCGGACACACCUUCUGCUCAUGCUGCCUGCGCAGCUUCUUACAGGAAAAGGACUUCUGCCCGCUGGAUCGCACGUGCCUGCAGGAGGCGCUCUGCCGCAAGUCCAGCAUCCUGGUGCACAACCUGUUGGACAAGCUGGUUGUAACCUGCCCCUUCAGCCCUGCCUGCAGCCACAGCAUGCCCCGGGGAGACCUGGAGGCGCACCUGCAGUACAGGUGUGCAGGAAUGCAGAGUCAGAGGGACGCGCUGGAUCGUCUACAAGCCGAGAGCGGGGGGGCUGAGGAGCGGACGGCGCUGAAGGAGCGAUCGCCGUCGCCCCCCGGGAGCAGUACCCACGCGUGCGGCAGCGUUCCCACAUGGCCCAGUGGGCUUGGAGUGAACAACCCUGCCUUUGAAGAGAACACUGAAGAAGACAGUGAGCAACGCUGCUGCUGUUCAAAGCUGCCUGUGAUUCCCGAGGGUGAGCUCACCACCAUCGAGGUAUCGCGCUCCAACCCCAGUGUCGAGUUGGGUAUCAGCAUUGUGGGGGGCAACGAGACACCACUCAUCAACGUGGUGAUCCAGGAGGUGUACCGAGAUGGUACCGUCGCUCGUGACGGCCGUCUGCUGGCGGGGGACCAGAUACUGCAGGUGAGCUCGGCUCCUCCCCCAGUUUCGGUUUGUUCCCCUAAUCCGCCUUCACAUUCGUACGUCUGCACCCGGCAGGUAAACGACACGGACAUUAGCAACGUACCCCACAACUUUGCUCGGGCGGCUCUGUCGCAGCCCUGCUCCGUCCUGCAGCUGACCGUGCUCCGGGAGCGACGUCUAGCCCCUCGUCCGGUGGCAGUUCCCACGUCGCCGGCCACACCCACGGUGUCCGAGGGCUGCAUUCGCAUUACGCUGCACAAGCGAGACUCGGCAGAGCAGCUGGGCAUCAAACUGGUGCGACGAACAGACGAGGCGGGCGUUUUCGUGCUGGACCUGCUGGAGGGCGGCCUCGCCGCACAAGACGGCCGGCUGCGCAGCAACGACCGCGUGCUGGCUGUCAACGAGCAUGACCUGCGGCACGGCACACCAGAGCAGGCUGCUCAGAUCAUCCAGGCCAGUGGGGAACGAGUCCAUCUCCUGAUUGGCCGGCCAAACAAGGAAAGCCCGACUCCACCGCCCUACACCAGCCACGGACAGGAAGCGUGGUGCUGCGAGAGCGGCCAGCUCCUCUCCCACAGUCUGGCUGCCAGUCCAGUCGUGGCACAGCAGCGAGCACAACGAGAGCUGUCCCAGUGUGUCGCCUGUCAGGAGAAGGACAUCACGGUCCAGAAAGAGGCCCACGAGUCCCUGGGCAUGACCGUGGCGGGCGGCCGAGGCAGUAAGAGCGGAGAGCUCCCGAUCUUUGUCACCAGCGUCCAACCUCAUGGCUGUCUGUCGAGAGACGGCCGUAUCAGACGAGGUGAUGUCCUCCUGAGCAUUAAUGGUCAGGACCUAACCAGCCUGAGCCACAGUGAGGCAGUGGGAACGUUGAAGGCCAGUGCAGCCUCUUGCUCUGUCCUGCUUAAGGCGCUGGAAGUCACCACUGUGUCAGAGGAAGGGCACAGCGCAGGCGAGGAGCAUCCCCACUGCAAUGACUACGAUGCCAACUGGUCACCGUCCUGGAUCACAUGGCUCGGGCUGCCAAGUUACCUGCAGAGCAGGCGUGAAAUUGUCCUGCGCAGAAACCACCUGGGCAGCUGGGGCUUCAGCAUCGUGGGGGGCUAUGAGGAGAACCAUGGCAAGCAGCCUUUCUUCAUUAAGACCAUAGUGUUGGGCACACCUGCGUACUACGAUGGCCGCCUAAAGUGUGGGGACAUGAUCGUGUCCGUGAACGGCCUGUCCACGGAAGGGAUGAGCCACUCGGUGCUUGUGCCCAUGCUGAAAGAGCAGCGGAGCAGGGUGGCCCUCACUGUGGUGUCCUGGCCUGGCAGCCUGGCCUAGGAGAACCGAGGCCAUAACUGUGCCUGCACUGUCACCGGGUCAGUGUUCGCACAGAGAACAUGCACCUGGUAGGACUUUUGAUCUUUAGGAAAAAGGCCUUACAAACCUGCCAUGCCCCCUGCAGGGCAGCCUUAGGCCUCCUCAGCAGCGCAAGUUGCACCAGCUGCUCUCAGGAGGGUUUUAUACGUGUGUGCUGCCAUUUGUCUAGAUAAACACCUUCUG